AUGAGGAGGAUGUGGGGUAAUGAUGAAUAUGAUGUUUGUGAAGUCCAUGCAAAUCAUACAAAUGGGGGUGGUAUUGUCGCUGUAUGGGACACGACAUCCUUCAGUGUCUCAAAUAAACACUCGGGUAGUAGAUGGAUCCUUCUUGAAGGUCGUAUCAAUAGUUGCAAUUUUGAAUGUUGUGUGGGUGUUGUCUAUGGGCCAAAUGAUAGAGUUGGAAGGUAUGAGCUUUACGAGGAGCUUAGGAAUGGAAUCACAGCUAUCAACAAACCAACAUUACUAUUGGGGGAUUUAAACGUCAUAUUACUCCCUGGGGAAAGAAUCGGUUCCUUCAGAUGUGAUCGGAGUAUGAGGGAAUUUUCGCAAUGGAUCCGUAAUUUGGGCUUGAUUGACAUCCCCCUACAUGGCAUAAAGUUCACUUGGAGGAGAAAUGAAUCAAAAAGCAUAAUAGAUAGAGGCUUAUGCUGUCAUGAAUGGCUAACGAAAUUCCCCAACCUAAACAUGGUAGGCUUGCAAAGAAGCUUCUCCGAUCACAAUCCUUUGCUCCUGUCAUUGGAAGAUUGUAACAACUGGGGUCCCAAACCAUUCAGAUGCUAUGAUGCUUGGUUCCUAAACCCAAAGUUCAAAGGUUUCCUCAACAGGGAAUGGCAAAACCUUCCGAAUGAAUCCUUGCAUAAUAAGUUAAAGAUCCUUAAGGGCCCCUUGAGAAACUAG